UCUCUCUCUCAGUUACAUUAUGGCGUCUGCGUUUCAUUAUAGCGGUCAUUGAUUUCCAGAGCAAGCUGUAACAGUGAGGAAGCAGAUGUCAGCCUCAGCCCCAGGAGGGAGAGGGCAGCUGCAGGAUCACAGCAGCUGAGCAUGACGGUUUACACUUAUCUUUUAUGACGAGGCUUUAUCGCAACUACUCCAUUCACUUUCCCUUCUCUGUUUACGGAAGGCAUCACAAGUGUGCCGCAAAUACUAGAUCAAUGAGGCAAAUUUACAAAUAUUAUUCCGAACUCCUAAUAUGCAAGUAAUUUUUUUUUUCGGCAUGAUAUGUGGCAACUAUCACGGGCCAGAUGGGCGGCCGGAGCGUCACGAGGGGGAGCACGACAUGAGGGGCACCACAGUACCCUACGCUUCCUCCUACUGCAGGAAGGCCGCAUAGCACCCUGCUCGCACGCCACCGCCGCCCCUACAUUCUAGUCACUAUUUUUAAGUGAGAAAAUGCCAGUUCCAGUUUCUCCAGGUAAGCAAGAAUCUAGUCGCGAUGAUGACGGGGCGGCGGCAGGUGAAGAGGUCCACCACGCGUUUCCUCCCGGUGCUAACCCCACUCGAUACCCGCAGCACGGGGAAGACGCGGCGGACCCCGAUGUAGUAGCGGGUUACGAGGACUGCCUGGAGGAAACUUUGAGGUUUCUGGUGGAGGAGGAACAGCUACCAGGAGACCAUCCCGUGGUGCAGGGAUUGAUUACUCACCUCACACGCCAACAUGCUCACACUGAACUGGCCAAGCUCUCUCAGCAGGUAGCGACCGUCCCCACCUCCGUCACUUCGCUAAAUGCUGGCUUCCAGGUUACCCUAGUGCAAGAUGAAGAUGACGAGGAUGGUUCAGAUGAGGACAUGGAGGAUGACGAUCAAUUAGUAGACAUGGACGACCUGGAAGAGGAGGAUGACUUAGAUAGAGAAGCUAGUGAAGCUUUCAGACGGCAAUUACUGCGGUUUGUGUAUCAAGGAUGUGACCUGUUUGCCGCCCCGCAGGCAGGCCACCCCAGGUGGACCCCCUGCGACCAGGGUCAGGCAAGAACCUAUACUGCCAUGCAGAACACGGGCAUCGCUUCUCUACAGGAGGGAAAAUGCGACUCGACAAUCUGAGGAAUGCAUUACGUAUACCAUAUACGUGAUUGGAAUGCGCCUUUCCUCCUCCCUUAGUCAUCACGUCUACUAGCCCUUCACUCACUAUCAUUUCAUUAAGUGUUGUUAUACUUAAGGCCUUCAUUUACUCAUUUUAAUAGCUACUGUCUGCUUAAGGUAACUCAGGUUUAUUGCAAGUUACCCUUCUGGGAUGACGAGCCACCGUUGCCGAAUUCGGAGCUACGCCGUAAAUCCGCGCCGAGAAGUGGAGUGACGUACAUCUGCAGCUGUGUCUAUUAUUGUUCAUCUUUUUUAAAUAAAGUUCUAUUUUGUGAA